UAUUAAGAAUUAGAUAACCUGGGCAUAUGCACAACUCCUCUUAUAUAGAAGUAUUUGCAUCUUACUGUAAGUUAUAUAUUAACAUCACCAUGCAUGUUAUUGUAACCAAAAUGAUAGCAAAAUACUUAUCUUCUGUCUUUCUGUACUUUUUUCUUGUUACUUCUGUUUGUGUUGGAGCUGACAGAAUCACAACAAAUAAGCCUCUCUCUUGGAACCAGACAAUAGUUUCUACCAACAACAUCUUUGAAGUUGGCUUCUUCCAACCAGGUAAUUCUUCCAACUAUUACAUUGGCAUGUGGUACAAGCAAGUUUCUGAACGAACUAUACUUUGGGUAGCGAAUAGAGAAACGCCUGUUUCUGAUUUGCACGCGUCUGAGCUGAAAAUCUUGGAUGGUAACUUAGUUAUCACCACUAGUAGUAGUAGAUCCAGUAAACCAAUUUGGUCUACAAACUUGAAUUUUGUUGCUAACCCGGAUUCUAUAGAAGCUGUGCUUCUAGAUUCUGGGAAUUUUGUCUUGAGAAAUGGACCUGACUCAAGUCAUCUGAUAUGGCAGAGUGCUGAUUUUCCUGCUAAUGUUUGGAUACCAGGCUAUAAGAUAGGGAUUGAUAAACGAACCAAGACUAACCGGGUUCUUACAUCUUGGAAGAACUCGAACAACCCUUCUUUAGGCCUUUACACAUUUAGAUUAGAACUUAAUGGCACUAUUGAGUUUGUGAUAUACUGGAACCACACUGAAAGAUAUUGGAGUAGCGGAGCGUGGGAUUCCAGUGAUCAAAGUUUUGCUUUACUUCCACAGUUGAGGAAUAAACCUAAGAAUUCUUAUCAUUUCAGCUUUGUUGAUAAUGAAAAUGAGACAUAUUUCACUUAUUAUGUUCACAGUCAUGCAAUUCCUUCAAUUUUCUCUAUGGAUGUUUCCGGUCAACUCAAAAGUUUAGUCUGGCCAUCAAACACCCAGAAAGGGAUCUUACUUUUGUCUCUCCCAGAUCAACAGUGUGAAGUUUAUCGUUACUGCGGUGCAUUUGGUAUAUGUAGCCAGAAAUUGAUGCCAUAUUGCAACUGUUUACAUGGUUUCCGGCCAAAGACAGACGAGAAUUGGAAGGUGAAUGAUUACUCAAGUGGUUGUUCAAGGUUAAUGGAAGUGCAGUGCAUGAAUUCUAGUAAUUCUAGGAAGAAAAUGGACAAAUUCUGGGCAAGUUAUAAUAUGGGUUUGCCUGAGCAUGCUCAAACUGUGAUAGUCAGAAACAUGGAAGAUUGUGAAUUAGCUUGUCAAAACAAUUGCUCAUGUACUGCUUAUGCCUACAGCAGUGAUGGAUGUUCCAUUUGGAUUGGAGAUCUUUUAAAUGUUAAACAGCUUCCUGAUGGAGAUCCUAAUGGCAAAACUAUUUAUAUCAGACUUAAUGCUUUAGAGUUUCAAACAAGCAACGACAAGAAACGUGUUAUUGGCAUUAUUACUGGUUCAGUUGCAGCACUGAUAGUCCUCUCAGGUCUUGUAAGUUAUACUAUGAUCAUUUGGGGGCGGAAGAGACUAUUAGUUAGACCGGCAACUCUUGAUGGUUCAUUGGUGCAAUUUCGGUACAAACAACUACAAAGAGCAACAAAGAACUUCAGUGAGAAAUUGGGAGGAGGUGGUUUCGGCUCUGUCUUUAAAGGAAGAUUCAAAGAUGCGACACUUAUCGCUGUGAAGGUACUUCAAGGAGCUAGCCAAGGAGAGAAGCAGUUCCGAGCAGAAGUAAGCACGCUUGGGAAAGUUCAACAUGUUAAUCUUGUUCGCCUUUGUGGGUUUUGUUCAGAGGGUACUAAAAGGCUGUUAGUUUAUGAAUAUAUGCCAAAUGGAUCCUUGGAUACCCACCUUUUCCCAGGUAAAAAAUCCACCUUGUUGAAUUGGAGAACAAGGUAUCAGAUUGCUGUUGGAACUGCUAAAGGAUUGGCAUAUUUGCAUGAGAAUUGUAAAGAUUGCAUCAUCCAUUGUGAUAUUAAGCCAGAAAACAUCCUUUUAGAUGAUGAUUUCAGUCCAAAAAUAGCAGAUUUUGGCUUGGCAAAGCUCUUUGGAAGAGAAUUCAGUAGGGUGAUCACCACCAUGAGAGGGACAAGAGGUUAUCUUGCUCCUGAAUGGAUUUCUGGAGCAGCAAUAACAGCAAAAGCCGAUGUUUACAGCUACGGAAUGAUGCUUUUUGAGUUCAUAUCUGGUCGAAGAAACACAGAGCAAAUUGGAGAUAAUGAGCUCGAUUUCUUCCCAUCUUGGGCUGUGAGAAAAAUGUGUAAUGGAGAGGAUAUUAUCAGCAUAUUGGAUCAUAGGCUGGAAGGAAAUGCUGAGUGUGAACAAGUCUUGAAGAUGUGCAAACUUGCUUGUUGGUGUAUUCAAGAGGAUGAAGAUCAAAGGCCAACAAUGGGAAAAGUGAUUCAGAUUCUUGAAGGUUUUUUAGAUGUGAGUAUGCCUCCUAUGCCUCGGUCUCUUCAUAUUCUUGACAACAAUCAUAGCCAGAUAAAUUUCUUUGUUGACAACUUGAUGUCAGAACCAAGUUCCUAUGCCUCAGUAACCUCCUCUAUGUACGAAAGCUCUUCAUAUGUCUCUGCAAAAUCCCAACUCCCAAGUGUAGACUACUCAUCCAAAUACUAUUGA